CCUUUCCCGGCCUCACGCCUCUGCGUCCCGCGCACGCGCCCAAGUCUGUGUACGUUCUUCACGCUCUUCUGAGGACGCACUCUCGUCCAAUGAGCGCCAAGUUCUUUUUUCCCGCCACCCCGUAGUCUGGGGCUCUAUAAUUACUGCCUAUUAUUAUUUUUAUAAUGAACAUGGUCAUAAGAAAGUCACUUGAAUGCUGUCAGCGGCCUCUUUGUCUUCUCCCGGGAUUGGGGCCCACAUUUGUAGCUGCCGCUAUAAAGGACACUCCCAAAAUACCCAUUGAAAUUUGAAGUAAAAGAGGGAGAACUUUGGACCAAAUUAUAUUCCAUAUAAAUCUAGAACCCAAAAAAAUGCAGUCACUAUCAGGCAUAUGUAAGAAACUUGGAACAUCAAGUAGGUUUUUCCUACAACUAACUCCUUCUGUAGGUUUCUCUACUUCAUGUUACUUUUUUAUCCAGAAAAAGAAAAAAAACCCUUAUCAAGAAGUUGACCAAGACAAAUACUCUAAUUUAAUACGUUCUAUUGUGUCAACUAGAAUUAGUUCUCAAACACCAGAAUCCUUGUUUCAAGAAGAUGAUUUAUUAUAUGGACCUGUGAGUAAAUAUAAGGCCCAAGAGCAAGAAUCAAGACCAAAAGUUACACAAAAUACAGUUCUUCUCCUCAAUCCAGAAAAAAGAAAUGGAUCAGAUACUUUACCUGAUUCCUCAAUUCCUUUGAAAAUACCUUUGCAGAAGAAUAAAAUGCCUAGUGUUACUCGAAUCCUUCAGCAAACUAUGACAGCAAAACAAAUCUUAAUCCUAGAGAGGUGGAAACAACGAAUGAUUCUGGAGCUGGGAGAGGAUGGCUUUGCAAAAUAUACUUCAGAUAUCUUUUUGCAAGGGAAACACUUCCAUGAAGCAUUAGAAGCCAUACUUUCAUCCCAAGAUCAGUUAAAGGAAUUAGAUGAAAAAACUAUUAGCUCUGGCUAUGUAGCAAGUGUCCAGCAUGUCCUAAAAGACAUAAGUGGAGUAAGAGCUCUAGAAAGUGCAGUUCAUCAUGAUACCCUUAAAUACCUGGGACUACUGGACUGUGUAGCUGAAUAUAGGGGUAAGCUGUGUGUGAUUGAUUGGAAGACAUCAGAAAAACCAAAACCAUUUAUCCGGAACACAUAUGACAACCCUUUACAAGUGGUAGCAUACGUUGGAGCCAUUAAUCAUGAUGCCAACUAUAACUUUGAGGUUCAGUGUGGUUUAAUUGUGGUGGCCUACAAAGAUGGAUCCCCUGCUCACACGCAUUUCAUGGACUCAGAUCUCUGUUCCCAAUACUGGUCCAAAUGGCUUCUUCGACUAGAAAAAUAUACAGAAAAAGAAAAGAACCAAACUACUCUGAAUCCAGACUAAGAUACAGGAUACUUUUCAAAGCCAGUUUACCCUUUCUCACAGUUUGGGGAAAAGGAUACUUCGGUAAUUUAGUAAAUCCAUGAUCUCUCUAAUGGGAGACCCCCCUCCAACUCAUUUACUCUUUUGCUAUCAAAUGAAAUCUAAAAGUGGUAACACUUAAAUGUUGAAUUUUUUUGAUGUUGAUAAUGGCUCAUUGAUUUUUAGUUAUGAAAACAUGGAACUCCACUUAAUUCACUGUAACUGAAAAGAAUGAAAAUCUAGAAGACUUUCUCAGUUGAAGAGCUGUCCAUCAAUACAAGAAAAACCUGCUGUUAACACAUUGUCUUGUUACUGUGGCAAUCAUCAUUUCCUUGAAAAGAAAGGAAAUAGUAUAGACAAAGAUUCUAGUUAAUCUUGGACUGUUAUAAAACUUUUUAUGUCAUUUCCAUUUUGAGCAUUAAAUGACUAUAUCCUAAUGGGCCCAAAAUAUUGGAGCUCAAGAAGUCUUUGUUGAUAGAAUUUAGUGAACAAAGCCUAUACCUAGAUAACAUUUAUGUUUUUUCCCAACUACAAAUAACAAAUAAAACUUGUAAAUUGUGUGAACAA